AACCUCUAAACGUAGUCUUCAAGUUGAAGUGAUAGAAACCACGCAAGAUGUAAUAGAUUCGUCUCCCUCUAUUUUCCCCGUUUCGGACUCCAUUCCCCACCUAUUUACCAUUCAAAUCCCACUAUCUCUGCGAUAUUUCUCUGUGUCUUUGGCUUCGUUGAGCUUCAUUGGCGGUUCCUCCUAUCUCGAUCUCUAUCUCCUAUACUUAUAGGCUUCAGCUUUGCUUUGCUAUAAUGACGGUUUUCUUGAGCUGAGCUUUCGGAUUUUUCUGCAAGCCACUGGCAUUGGGUGAGGUCAAACUUAUUAUUUGAAGUGAGCCUUGCGAAAUGCGGUAGAUUACGCUUCCAUUGCAGAUCUAAAUUGUUGUGGAGUGUUUAGAAGUUGUUGCUGUGGUCAGAGACGUGAUAAGCUAAGCUACGUUUUCGUUCAGAGCUUUGGGGAUUUCUUUACUUUGAUCUGCUAUUGUUUGAUUUCUAUUAUUGAGAGCCGUGAGCUAGGUUUUGGAGAUGAAUCGGAGUUUCAGGGCUCAGGAGUCGCAAAUGCCAGCUGCGAUGAGGCAGAGGCAGCAGCAGUUGGCUCUGAGGGCUUCAAUGAUGAAGGAGAAGGAGGAAGAACUCGCCUUGUUCCUUGAGAUGAAGAAGUGUGAAAAAGAACGGAAUGAUCUUCUUCUAAACAACUCGGAAGAGUUCGACGCGCCUUUAGGAUCUAAUCCCGGAACUUCUCCUAUAUUUAAUAUUUCAUCUUCAACGCCGGCGCCAGCGGCAGCCCGCAAGACCGGUGCUGAUGAUUUCCUCAAUUCUGAAAAUGAUAAAAAUGACUAUGACUGGCUUCUAACCCCUCCUGGUACACCUCUAUUUCCUUCUUUGGAGGUGGAAUCACAAAAGACCAUAAGGAGUCAGCUUGGUACCCCAAAGGCUCGCCCCACUGUGCUGAAAUCUAGGUUAGCAAACCUACAGCCAGAGCCUACUACAAGGAGCAACUCAGUAUCUAAACAAGCAGCUUCCUCCCCUGGGUUUAAGACUUCAGUUGCUGGGACUCGCAGGCCUUCAUCAUCAGGGGGACCAGGAUCAAGACCUGCCACACCAACUGGACGGCCCACAUUGACCACAGGAUCUAAACCUUCAAGAUCCUCGACACCUACAUCAAGGGCAACCUUGCUUUCAACUAAGCCUGCAGUUGUUGCAACUACGUCCACAAUUCCUGCAACAAAGUACACAGUUCCUGCAACUAAGUCUACAGUUCCUCUAACUAAGUCUACAGUUCCUGCAGUGAAGCCCACAGUACCGGCAAGAUCCUCCACACCUUUAUCCAGGUCUACAGCAAGGUCUUCAACUCCAACUGCCAGAACCACUUUGCCUCCAUCCAAGUCCACAUCUAGGGCUGCAACACCUACUAGACGACCAUCCACACCAUCGAGUGUUUCCAGUGUUUCUGCUCCUCUAACUAAGUCAUCUUCGUCAGUUUCAAAGCCAGCUCCAAUGACAUCAAGAAACCCUAUGCCAUCACGUGGCACUUCCCCAACGGUGAAGUCCAGACCAUGGAAACCCUCUGAGAUGCCUGGUUUCUCACUUGAUGCUCCACCAAAUUUAAGGACGUCAGUUCUUGAUAGGCCACUAUCCGCUACUAGGGGUAGGCCUGGACAACCUAGUUCUCGAUCUUCCUCUGUCGAGCCUGGUUCUAAUGGAAGACCAAGAAGGCAAUCAUGCUCUCCUUCAAGAGGACGAGCAUCCAAUGGCAUGCUUCAUGGCAGUGGUAGUUCUGUUCCUGCGGUAAAUCGUGGGUAUUCUAAAGUUAAUGACAAUGUGAGCCCAGGCUUAGUUGGAACGAAAAUGGUUGAAAGGGUAAUAAACAUGCGGAAACUGGCACCGCCAAAGCAAGAUGACAAACAUUCUUCUUACAGUAAUCUCUCAGGGAAGUCAUCCUCAUCCCCAGACGGUUCAGGCUUUGGAAGAACACUCUCAAAGAAAUCCCUAGAUAUGGCUAUGAGGCAUAUGGAUAUAAGGCGAAGCAUUCCAGGUAAUUUACGACCGCUGAUGACAAAUAUUCCAGCAUCGUCUAUGUACAGUGUAAGGUCCGGACCUGCACUAAGCAGAGCUAUUAGUGUUUCAGACUCUCCUCUUGCCACGAGCAGCAAUGCUAGUUCCGAAGUUAGUGUGAACAAUAAUGGCCUAUGUUUGUAUGGAAGUGAACUAGAAGAUGAUAUUGGUAGCGACAGGGGUGUUCGUUCACCCGCUAGUAUGCAUGGCAGGAUGUUGAAAUUAGCGAAAUCAAAGUCCUCGUUGUCACCAAUUGGGCUGCAUGUCUAUGUAGAGUAAACCCAACAAUGAAAUCGGUUGCAGUGGCGCCAAUCGUUCGGCUAGUGGUAACAGAAAUACCAAUCCAUCAAAUUGUGAGUAAUGCAGUGGAGAGUAAUCUUAAUCCAUCAAUCUGCGCACCCUUUUCUGUUAUAUGUAUUUCAUCAAUCCUUUCAUAUGUAGGUAAGCUUCUGAUUGAUAUUUACAAUAUUAAUAACAAAAAUAACGGAAAAUGUGACCAUGCA